AUGUCUGAAAAGGCAGAUUCUUCCGAGCUUGUCCAUAAACAUGCUGGAACAUCAUCCGAUACGAGUGAGCAGGAGAUAGAGAUUCCCUUGACUCAACAAGAGCACACCGAGCCUUUUGUUCUCAGCGAUAUCCAAGCAGAUGAUAGUAUUGAUAACGAUACCACUCUUACAGUCGGUUGGCCUUCAUCUCCAACUAUGGAGAACCAAGCAGAUGCGGUAGCCGCAGAUUGGUCUGACAGGAACGAUGAUCCCCAAGAUGAUAUGGAACCAACGGCGGUUGGCUCAACAGAUACAGAAGCCGAAGACUGGGAUAAUGUACCAACCACGGAUGAUGGAUCCUGGGAGUAUAUGCCACCUAGAGAAGCUACCUUCACAGAAUUUGACUCUGUCCGCCAAAACCAAGCCGGAGAGUUGAGAAUCAAUGACCCAACUAUGUGGCGCGGAUACAGUGGAACAUGGAGCUCAAAGAAGAAAGAAGUGAAAGAUUACCUUGACUGGAAUGGCUUUGACGCGUUAGAGAUAAGACCAGUCAACUCAAUCGUGAUUCUGGGUUGUCGCAUUGAUACAGAGAUUCUGCCAGAAUUGUUUGAUCAUCUACUGCAACGUCUUCGGGAGACCACUAAUGAAAUGAAGAUGGGAUCUCCAGAGCUGUUUCUUAAUAUUGUUCGAGAGGAAUUUGGAUCAGAGCUCAUGCGGUAUGGUCAAGAGAGAGCUCCAAUGUUACGUCUCUGGUAUCUGUCGAGAGAUCAGGAAUCAUCCUAG